UUAAUAGCGCUCCGUAACUCUGACGUUUAUAAGUCUCUCUCUAUCUUUCUUUCUUUCUUUCUCGGCUUCCGGCUGCUCUCAAUCUUCCCAUUGCUCGACGGACUAUUCCACAUCGAUAAAACAGCACAGGAUCGUUUCGAAUUACCUCGUCUGGUCUCAGCCUAACCGCCUCUCAUCCGCUUUUGCACGACCGAUAGAAAACUUCAAUCGACAAUGUCAGCGACAUUCGGAAUGUGCGAGACUCCCGGUUGCAACGCCGUCGCGAGCCUGCAGUGUCCGACGUGUCUGAAAAUCGGCAUUCAGGGCUCGUAUUUCUGCAGUCAGGAUUGUUUCAAAGGGAGCUGGAAAACGCACAAAGUUAUUCAUCAAUUAGCGAAAGGAGAAAUUGUCACCAAAGCCUCCAAUACAUUCAAUCCUUGGCCGACUUACAAUUUUACUGGGAAAUUGCGACCGUACAAGAAAGAACAGCGCAGAGAAGUUCCCGAGCAUAUUAAUCGGCCGGACUAUGCCUUGCACUCUACUGGAAUACCGCUUAGCGAACAAGCUGUGAGAAGUUCGGGACAGAUAAAAGUUCUUGAUAAUGAGGAGAUUGAAGGCAUGAGAGUUGCUUGCAAGCUCGGCCGAGAAGUGUUGGACGAGGCUGCGAAGGCAUGCGACGUUGGCAUUACAACGGCCGAAAUUGACAGAGUGGUGCACGAAGCUUGCAUCGAGAGGGACUGUUAUCCGUCGCCAUUGAACUAUUACCUAUUCCCCGCCAGUUGUUGCACCUCCGUCAACGAAGUAAUCUGCCACGGCAUACCCGAUACUCGACCGCUGCAAUACGGUGACAUCUGUAAUGUCGAUGUCACGGUAUAUCACAAUGGUUUUCACGGAGAUCUGAACGAGACUUUCUUAGUGGGUAACGUGAAACCGGAAGUGAAGAAGUUGGUGGAAGUGACGUACGAAUGCCUGUCCAAGGCUAUCGACAUCGUGAAACCCGGUGAAAAGUAUCGAGAGAUCGGUAAUGUCAUUCAGAAGCACGCACAGGCGCACGGAUUCAGCGUAGUGCGCAGUUACUGUGGCCAUGGGAUCCACCGUUUGUUUCACACCGCGCCAAAUGUCCCGCAUUAUGCCAAAAACAAAGCAGUAGGCGUUAUGAAACCUGGGCACUGCUUCACGAUCGAGCCGAUGAUAUCCCAGGGAACGUGGAAGGACGAGACGUGGCCGGAUAAUUGGACCGCCGUCACCUCGGACGGUCAGUGGUCAGCGCAAUUUGAGCACACGCUUUUGGUAACGGAGACAGGUUGCGACGUUCUAACGAAACGACUUACGAGCGAUGGCAGGCCAUGGUUCAUGGAUCGUUUGUAGUAGCGUUUCUUUCGUCGAUUUUCCUACGACGUUUACAAUCUAAGCGAGAUUCACGCGAGUCUUGAUAGAAAUUCGACGUAAGUUGCGCUCGACAUAGCAUAGAAUCUGAAUUGUGCGAUUCGAAACGUCAGAAUCAAGUCGCAGGUGCCGAGAAGAGCGGGGACAGUGUAUAUAAAUUCGCAUCGUGGAAUUUUUCUCUUCUUUUUUUUUUCGAGUCAUUCCGGAAAAAAACUGCGGAAUGCUUCAGACUUACCGUGAAAACCUAAAAGUAGACAUCACGCGAUGUAAAGUUUUUAUACGAGUCUGCUCGACUUUUCAGCUUAAACCGGCUCAACUUUUUCACUCGGACUGGUUUUAUACGGCUUUUUUAAUCGAUGACGAUACUUUCUCCCUUGUGUGUGAUGAAAUUCCUUGGAUGUACAAAUGAAAUGUAGAAGAACUGUGUACAUAAUAAUGUAUAAAUUCUUUUCACAACGCGUGUAACUUGUUUCUGAAGUUCCGUCGUGCAUUUCAACAUCGUAGCCCGCGUCCGAAUUUGAAAAUGCUGGCGCGGGAUAUGUGAUGUUAUCAACCGGAGGGCUAAAAACUCUUUUUCACGCCUACAGUCACUGCGAUUCAUUUAGUUUGCAGUUGUGACGACAGGAUAUGAUGAUACGAUCAUUUCUGUUUUUACCACAGUGUUCGGCAAUCUGCGUCAUUAAGUUAACUUCGACUUUAUAGAAGCAUUCACACGUGCAUUUGUUGACAUCUCGCCCCAACUCAGACCGCCAAGUUUUCCUAGCUAAUUGAUAUAAUAGGUGAUUAACGCCGAGGCUUGGUGAAUCGAUACGAAUCGUAAUUUGUAUUUAUAGAUUCGCGUGUUCAAAUUACUAAUAACUCACUAUGAUGAUAACUAUUGUAUAUACGAUAUAGUAGCUUAUCAGUGCGAAUAUUUGAAAUAAAGAAAGUAAAAAAAAUUCUACAGAUGAAAGAGAGAGAGAGAGAGAGAGA